GGGGUCGCGGCUUCCGGGCGCCGAGUUCGAAGAGGCGGCAGCCGCUGAUUGCCUCAGCCAUGACCCAGUCGGUGGUGGUGCAGGUGGGGCAGUGCGGGAACCAGGUGGGCUGCCGCUUCUGGGACCUGGCGCUGCGGGAGCACGCUGCUGUCAACAAGAAAGGGAUUUAUGAUGAAGCAUUAAGCAGUUUCUUCAGGAAUGUAGAUACAAGAAGCGGCGGCGACGGGCCUGAUAUUUACAAAGGAAAAAUCUGCUCUUUAAAAGCACGGGCUCUGUUGAUUGACAUGGAGGAGGGUGUGGUAAAUGAAAUUCUGCAAGGACCAUUGAGGGAUGUGUUUGAUAGCAAGCAGCUUAUCACAGAUGUUUCUGGUUCAGGGAACAACUGGGCUGUAGGUCAUAAGCUGUAUGGCUGUCAGUACAGGGAAAGCAUUGUAGAAAAGCUGAGGAAAGCAGCAGAACAUUGUGACUGUCUGCAGUGUUUUUUCAUCAUUCAUUCUAUGGGAGGUGGGACAGGAUCUGGGCUUGGAACUUUUGUACUGAGUUUGCUGGAGGAGGAAUUCCCAGAAGUGUAUAGAUUUGUUACUUCAGUCUAUCCCUCUGGUGAAGAUGAUGUUAUUACUUCUCCAUAUAACAGUGUUCUGGCAAUGAAGGAGCUUAAUGAACAUGCAGACUGUGUGCUACCAAUAGAGAAUGAAUCUCUGUUUGAUAUAGUUAAUAAAAUUCAUCAGAUGGUCAAUUCUGGGAAGCUAGGGUCAACUGUGAAACAGAAGAGUUUGGUAACAUCAAGCGCAGGCGGAGCAAAAGCUGUGCAGAAGCCCUUUGACGCGAUGAACAACAUCGUAGCCAACUUGCUGCUGAACCUGACAAGCUCUGCAAGGUUUGAAGGUUCCCUUAACAUGGAUCUGAAUGAAAUCAGCAUGAAUUUGGUUCCUUUUCCUCGGCUUCAUUACUUAGUCUCAAGCUUGACUCCUCUGUAUACGCUGGCUGAUGUUAAUGUACCUUCUAGAAGGUUGGAUCAGAUGUUUUCAGAUGCUUUUAGUAGAGAUCACCAACUAAUUCAAGCAGAUCCAAAGCACAGCCUCUACCUUGCCUGUGCACUUCUGGUCCGAGGAAAUGUGCAGGUUUCAGACCUUCGCAGAAAUAUUGAGAGGCUGAAGCCUUCCCUGCAAUUUGUCUCCUGGAAUCAAGAGGGCUGGAAAACCAGUUUGUGUUCAGUACCUCCAGUGGGCCAUUCCCAUUCCCUUCUGGCUUUGGCAAACAACACCUGUGUGAAACCAACUUUCAUGGAGCUCAAAGACAGAUUUCUGAAGCUCUACAGGAAAAAGGCUCACCUUCACCAUUAUCUGCAUAUAGAGGGGAUGGAGCAGAGCUGUUUCUCUGAAGCUGUAGCAUCUUUAUCUGACCUAAUAGAAGAGUACAAUGAACUGGAUGCCACAAAAGGUGGGCCUAGAACUGAUCCAUCAAGACUGAAGAUAGCUGUGUAAAGAAGGGGGAACCCAUUUAUUUUUUUGCAUCUCCCCCAAGCAUCCAAGCACUUCAUUUAAGAAGAGUGAAUUACAGCAUACUGCAAUCCCAAAGGAAGACUGGGAUAGAAGCUUCCUCAGCUCUGAGAGGUGUCAUAUUAACUGACAGGCCCAGCCUGUAAGAAAGACUUCAAGGUACCUUAGGGUGGCUAUCAGUAAGAGCAAUCUAUCUAACUGUAGAGCAAAUUGACAUACUGUGUGCUAUCAAGAGAAGAAAGGGAGGCUUUAGCAGCCAAAAGUGUCAUUUCUUGCUUAGCCUUUGAGCUGGUAUUAAACUAAAGGCAGGCCUUGCUGCAAAGAAGGAUCACUGUUGCUAGAUUUGUUUUUUAACAGGCAACUAUGAAGACAAGAAAAGCCCACAGUUUUCAAAGAUGAAAGCAAGGCUCUAAUGAAACUGGUUUCUUAAAUUCUCCUAAAGAGCCAUUUCAGAAUACUCUAAGCUGUGCUUAUAGACUUAAUAUCUUUGCCUCCCUCUUGUACUUGGCUGUACUGGAGCAU